AUGGCUGUCUUAGCAGCAGAUGCUCCUGAGAAUAUGGCUGGCGCUGACGAUGGAGCUUUGCAUAUCCCCGUUGACCUGUUCCCGUUUCCAACUCCCAGCCUCGAUCUCACCCAAGAUUGGAGCUGGCUUCAUCAAAACUCCUUACCGGCCUUCCCAGGUAACUCUGACCAGGUGGGGCAUAUUGACGGGGAACAUGCGGUUCCGGGGCUGUCGAGUCUCAACGAUGACUGGAUAUACCCUGUCCCUUACCAAGACUUUUACGUUAGUCAACAGGUUCAUGAAUUUUUGACCACCAUGGGACCGGUCGUCGAAUCUGGUCGCGACUUCACUGCACAGCGGACCGGUCUUCUCUUGAAUAAUGCGUUUCAGUUUAUUAUGGAAUCUCUUCCCAUAUUCCAUCAACCGACAUUUAAUUUUGAGGUCAUUCAAAGAGAACUUUGUGUUUCGAUAUUCUGCGUCGGGCAAGUACGAGCUGAACUGCUUCAGCAUGUUAAUAAGAAAACCAUAUAUCUCGCGGAUAUGGAGAUUCUGCAGGCAAUGCUUCUUGUCGAGUUUUCUGGAAUGUACCUGGCGGAUCGGACAGCAAUGGAGCUUAGUGACAUAUUUCACGGAACACUGGUCACGCUCUCUCGGAGGCUCGGCAUCUUUGAGAUUUCUUACAACAACAGCCGCGCAGCCUCUUUGUCCACUGAAGGGAGUAAUCGCCAGGGUUUGGUUGAGUACGAGACUGUAAAAAGGGUUGCGUAUUCAGUGUUCGCCUUGGAUGUUGAGCACGCCUUAUUCUUUGGGCAUGAUCGGAGCAUACUCUCUUUCUACCCUAUGAAACUUGACCUUCCGUCUGACAAUGUCGGUUUGAGAACUCCGGGUCACAGCGAGCCUCUCAGGCAGCACGAGACGGUCCACCAGCCGAAAUUCCACCAUAUAUGUCAAGCUCUCCUCUGCACAGCGGAAGGCCAUACGUUACUUCCUCUAAACCUUAACCAAUUAUCUAACCUCCUCAUUCUUUUGGGCGUUGCUUCCAUUGUCCUAGAUCUUCUUCAACGCCGGCAAGAUCCAUUCUUUGACACAAAACAAGCGCUGUCUCAUCUGAGCUCAGUGCUUCCUGCAAUCAACAACCGGCUAAUAUCAGGACCGGAAGGCUCUACGAAAGUCCGUGGCAGAGCGCUCUACCACAUAACCGUUAUUGCUUUGUGCACACCAUUGGACGAUCUCGAGCGAGCUGCCAACGACGGCUUUUCACGUACAGGACGCACGCCGAAACAGCAUACUCGAGCGGCCAUCAUUCGACUCUUAACUAAGCACAAAGUCGGCCCCAAGCCAGCGCGUCACGCAUUACAGCUACUGAAACUGUUUUUGUUGCCCUUAGCAAAUUCAGACCUUCUAUCAGGCCAACAGUGCGAGAGAUAUUUUGGACCCUCUCAUUCUCAACCCAUGGCCGGCUAUUCACCAUACGAGCCGUCUGCCUUAUAUUUUGGAGCGCUGACACUGUGGGGCUAUAUCACUUGCCAAAUAAGCCUUGACGAUGACGGCGACGUUCGGCCACAGAGAAACUCUUAUCUCCCUGACGCGAACCUGAAUUCUCCACAGACAACGAGCUUGCGCUGUUCAGCCCGGGCACCGGUCGCGGAAAUACUGCAGGGUAUGGAGUCUGCCAUAGAUCGCGAUGAUAGCCAGGCAUGUCGAAGCUACUGGUGCAUCCUGGUGCAGCUUGUUACAGACACAUUAAGCAGAAGGUGGAGUAACAAUGCACAGGAGUACAGUCAUGUUUUGAGUUCCUUGAGCGAAAACCUCAGUCUAUAG